AUGGUGGAAGAGUGCGAACGUCAGCAAACAAAGCAGGUACAAGAAAGUCUAUCUGCCCCUGUAAACAGAGACCCUGGCGGGACAGAGAUGGCCAGCAACAUCACGCAAGAUCCUGCCGCUGUCUCAACUGACGUGCCCAACCAGCGAGUGGAGUCAGAGAGGCAUACCAACUGCCAGGACGAGGAAGUCCCUCUCCCAACAACUACAUGGGUGCCGGGAGGGAAUCAGCAAAAGCCCAGGAAAAAGAAUAACAAGGGGAAGCAGGUGAUCAAGUCCAGCUGUGGUCCUUCGCAGCCAGUACCAAAGAGCGGUAGGGAGGGCAGAAAGUCGUCAGCCGGGAACAGCGCAAGUUCAACGGGGGCGGUAUAUCCAAUAUCCAGUGACAGUUUAGGGCCGGGUACCCUGACACCCGAUUCAGAGUCGCCAUCAGCCUCCCGAGCCGACUUGUCAGCCACGUCUCACCAACGAGCCGUUCCUCUGCCAUCCCCUUCUCAGCCGGCUCCUGUCGAUUUCACUAUGGGCCGAUACGGUCCCGAUCGCCGUAACUUUGGUUCACAGGCCAUGACUUCGCCAGAAUCUGUGCGGUCUGGCUUGUCGUCGUCCGUAGAGUCCCGUCUUCACCACGGAGAUUACGUCGGGUCCGAUCACUCUUGCAGUGACACCUGCACUGCCGGCUCAGACUGCUCGUCCUCGCACAUGGGAUCUCAGCAUUCUACUUCGCAAGCCCCAGGACAGCUCACCCAGCCGUGGCAGCUGUUUCACCCAAUUCCCCCUUGGUUGCAGCCUUCACGUUUCAUGUCGCGCUCUGUGCCGCUUGAUGUGAGCAUGCAGAUUCGCCUACCGUCGCCGGCGGUUUCGGAGGCGCAUUCGAGUAGAGGAGCCCUAUCCGAGACAAAUAUUGAGGACUUGGAGCCGGUCAGGGGUGGUUAUGGCGCAUGA